AAUUGAAUCAUUUAUGCUCAAGUUCAUUUUGUUUCCAACUUCUAGUUUUGUGAUCCAUCUAAUGGCUGAGUAAUUAUUGUCUCUUUUUUGCUACCUUGCUGAACAAACGAGUAUGCUGCAAGAAGAGUAAUUCUCAUCUUUUAUCAAAUGAUUGACCUGUGCAGAAUAAUUAGUCUCCUUAUAAUUUAGCACCUUAUGUUUUGUUUUCUCCUUUUGAUAUUCUUAUUUUUAUGCUUCAAUUUUCAAAAUCUUUCCGGUUGCUGGCUAGUUCUUAGUUGGAGUUAAAUGGUUCUGGGGUACCUGAAUUUUACCAAUUAAAAUAGAGAGGUGUUGUUGCGAGCAGCGAAAUUCACUUGCAUAUCAGUAGCACAUUGAGAUCUCGAUCGACAAACUUUGGCUACACAUCCAAAUUUGUCACAGAGUUGGCAUUGGACUCUGAUAGUUUUAUUUGACUGCCUUGAUGGAUUCCAUUUUGUUGUCUAGACUGAUUAUUGAUGUUGCGUUGUCCGUUCAUGGGAAAAGAUUUGUGAUUGGUGUUGUAGUUAAUGUCAGAUCUACUUCCAAGUUUGUGGAGUUACUCUGAUUGAGUUGAGCAGUAAUGAUUCGUUGUUCCUUCUUGACGUCUUCGUGUUUGAAGAGGACUUCAUGGCCAAGGAUCUUGUUGUAGAGUUCCUCAAAACUUAUGGGUGUAUCUCGGGCACGGAUGGCUGCUCAGAUGUCCUUAUACUCCGGUCCAAACCACUAAGGACUGUGAUUUUUUAUUUCGGAGAAGACUGUCUUGUCUUGUCCAGAUUUUGUAAGCUGGGUUGAGAGUUUGUUGAGUGUUUGAGACAUCUGUUGAGUUGAGAAAUUGUGAGGGAUACGGUUCAAUGCCUUCGAUAUAACCCAUGAGAUCAUACCCAAAAAGAAGGGUAGAUAUUUGUACUCUCCAAGUAAAGCACGUAUGGCUGCCGGUGAGUUUCAGGGGCAGUUGAAACUGGAUUGAUUGAUGACCUGUUGUGGACACUGGAUGUAGUAGUCACAAUUGCUGUUCUGUUGGUUUAGGAUCUGUGCGGUAGAUGUUGGAAAUUGGUUUCGAAAGGAAGGGAAGUUGCUGUGCUGGUUAGCCUUUUCCAGAAAUGAGAAGCUCUUGAGAGCAUUUGCCUCUCUGAUACCAUAAAGAGUAGCAGACAUUUAAUGAUGAAUUUGAGUGCUUUCAUUGGGCUGUUUGUGAGGAAAACAAUGAACGUGGUGUUGCACACAUUAUCGAGCAUCUAGUUCUGGAGGGGUAUGGAUAUUCCAAUCAGGACGCGCUUGAAUAUUUACAAGCUUUCAAAGAACAAUGUGGCCCUCAUCAAGAGGCCAAGACAUUCAGAGAUUAUACAAUUUAUAACUUUGCUGCGACCAGCAUGGUGAAUUUGAGGAAAGCAAUUGGAUUAAUUGCUGCAAUCUCUGAAGAGCUUAAUUUCACUGCGGAGGAGCUAGAGAAGGAGAAAACAAUCAUAUUAGAUGAGCUUUGGAAUAAUUCUCAGGAUGGUUUGAAAAAGCAUGCACACACUUUUAGUGCUCACCUAUUUCAAGGAGCAAAGUACGCUGAGCCUAUAGGUGGCACAAAAAAUUCCGUACAAGAUGUUUCUGUGGAUAUUGUAAAGGGGUUUUACACGAAGUGGUAUGUCCCAAACAAUAUGGCUGUUAUUGUUGUGGGAGACGUAACUGAAACGCAGAGUAUAAUUGGUUGGAUCAGAACCUACUUUGAAAGCCAACCGCGAGGCAUGCCACCACAUUUGGAGUUCCCUCUUCCAAAAUACUGCGAGCCAAGAUUGAACACACACGUCGAUAGUGCAAUUUUGAAGUGGGGAAUGUCUCAGAUAUACAUCACCUUUAUGUUUGAGAAACAAGGGUGGAAGUUUGUGAAUGAUGUGUUCAUGUACAUUCAACAAACAAUUCUUCAUAGAAUCAUUGCUGCAAGGUUGAAGAAAAGAUUUUUAAGCAUGAGCAGACCAAAAGAAAUUCAGUACGAUAGAGUUGACGAUUUACAGAUGUGUACCAUUUAUGUGUUUGGGGCGGAGUGUAAAGAAUGUGAAACAAUUGAGGUGUUGGAGACAUUAUUUGGUGAGAUUGCACGAAUGAGAGUCCAUGGUAUUGAAGAAAAUGAAUUAAAUGAUGGAAUUUCCGCUUGCCUGGGCACCUAUGAGCAAGCAUACCUAAAUCGUCAUGACUGUUCUUCAAAGAGACUACAAGACGACUAUACUUGUCACUUCGUUUCUAAUGCACCUGAAUUGGCUCCGAAGCUGCAAGCACAGCUUUUGACAGCUCUCACAAAAAGUAUUAAUAUGGAAAACAUGAAAAGCUUUUGUGAUUCGCAAUGUGAAGCCUCCAAAAUGUCUGUUAUCGUAAUUCAAAGCAAGAAUUCCGUGACGCAAGAAGAUAUGAAGAAGUCAUUGCAAAAGAUUAAUGAUUUGGAAAAAGAGGGAUGCUUUGGUAGAUGGUCAGAUGAAGAAGUGAAGGGUUCAAACAAUCUGAUACUAAAGAUGGAGAUUAAAUCUGGGUGUAUUGUUGAGCGAGUUGAACAUUCCGAUAUUAGAGCUGUGGAGCUCAUUUUAGCUAAUGGGAUGCAAGUCACUUACCAGUGUACGGAUGAUGCUGGUCGGGUCUUCUUGAGUGGAUUCUCAUAUGGAGGUCUCUCAGAAUUGACAGAAGCAGAUCUCCUCAGCUGCUCGUUUUCAUGUCUGAUCGGCAAAAGUGUCUGGGCUACUAGCUCUGAGGGACUUCCUAAGGCAUUUGAUACAGUCCAUUUCAAUGUGGAGGUGGAAGAGUAUAGAAGAGCUUUCAGUGCGGACUUUGACUCAUCAGAUAUCGAACUUGCACUUCAGAUUGUAUACUUACUAUUCACAAGCGACUAUGAACCUGAAGAUGAAGUUAUGAAAGCUAUGGUUGAUGAACUGAAAGAGCGUCUGUCUCCCGACCUUGGACAUCUGUAUCAUAUCCUAGAGAAUACUGCUAAGGAGAUCAAUAGCGGUGGAUCUUACUUUUACAAGCCAAAAGCCGAGGAUCUUUCACAAGUUAAUACAUCAAAGGCAUGGCAAUACUUCAAAGAUUGCUUUAGGGAUCCGUCAAACUUUCGCAUUAUUCUGACUGGGAAGUUUGACUCUGCUUCUCUCGAUUGCCUUCUGUCCCAUUAUUUGGGUGGAAUACCAAGGCCUUCUAUGCCUAUAAUGGAGUAUCAACGUGGGAAGCUCACACCAGCACCUUUUCAUUUUCCUCCGGGUGUGACAAAGGAGGAAGUGUCUAUGCCUAUGGACAGUGGUACUGGAAUGUGUACUUGUAUAAGUUUUCCCCUUCAUCUGAAGAAUGAGACAUUGGUAAAAGAUCAUUUUCUGUUGUAGAUUUUGGUUCAUCUCCUGAGAAUCAAAGUGACACGCGUACUCCGCCACGAGCACAGGGUGUGGAUAGAUUCCAUCCAAAAGGUGACUGGUCGUCUCGUGUCGAUAAUCUUGGAAUGAUUUACUUUAUACUUCAUUUGAGCGAUAGGGAGGCAGCCCAGAGGAUUGUAGAUGCAGUAGUGCAUGCAAUGGAACAACUACAAGGAGAGGGACCUUUGGAGAAUCUAGUUCAGGAUGCAUUGGAUUGCGGACCAUCGGAAAAGGAGAUGCAGGCAAACAUGCCUUUGUUUCUUUUCAUGAGCCGCGUCUGCUGGUCAAAACAUGAUGACGGGGAUCUAGCGCGUACUUACAAGAUUCGUAGCAACAUGAGAAGAGAAGUCCGAGAUCAUUUCAAUGAAGGUGCUGUCAAGUCUGCAUUGAGGAGGCUUCUACCAUACCCUUGCGGCGACCAGUACACUGUUGUGAAUUUGAGAUGUUGAUCUUCUCUCAAGGAGUCUAAGGGGUUUCUCCCUGUAUGGAGAACUUGCUGGCUAAGGUGGUCUUUGUGAUUCCUCUUAACUUCUGGACAGACUCAGUAGCCAAGUAGCUGUUAAUACUUAGGCAAAACUAUGCUGUGGUCAUUUCAUGUUUAUACUUGGGAAAAUGCACUUUAGAAUUGUGGUUCUUGUACCAAAUCUAUGAGAGUCUGAGAACAGGCAGUAUAAAUUCUGUCUUACUGCCUUUUUGUGGACCAAAUCUAUGAGUCUGAGAACAGGUAGUAUAUAAUCUAUGUCUCUAUCUUACUAAUCUAUGAGAAUCAAUAUGCUCUUGAAUUUAUCUAUAUCUGUACUAUAGCAAAAGGUGCACUAGAAGAUAGAUAAAUAAGUUUCUUAAAUCUUCA